CAAUUUAAACGGACGAGUAGUCAGUUGGUUAAAUUCUCAAAACUCAACUCAAACCGAGCAAUCAUUAAUUGACCAUUGUCGAACAUAAACUUUUUUAAAUGCAGAUUUGACAUAUUGUUUUACUAUUUUGUUCGGAAUCUGCUGACUUUUAUCCGAAUAUUAACUUUUUAAAUUAUAAUUGUUCCGAUAUGGCAUCUUUUCAGAUUCAUGACGAUCAAGAAAACCAACUCACGAACAUUGGUAGAUUGAAAUCCAAUGGCCUGAAGAAUAACGUGAAGCCAUUUCAGCAAAAGCGCACUGUUCUGGGCGAUAUCAAUUCAAAUCCUAAUAGAAUAUCUACAAGAGCAACUAAACAAGAAUUAAAAGCAACAGAAAAAUCUCUCAAAAACAAAAAUGACUUUGUUAUUCAUGAGGAUGUGGUGGAGGAGAAGGGAUCCAAAAAGUUGGUUGUUGUGGAGACCAAACCGGCCUCUCAAGCUGUUGUGCCAAAACAGAAAAUUAAGGAAGAUAAAGAAAACAAUAAAAAUACAGAUGCUGGGUUGGAGUUGUCUGAUGCUGUCAUUUCAGUGCCCCGACAACCGCUGAAAGAUUUAAAGAUUUCAGAACCAGUUGAAGAUGUUAGGGAGGAAGAGGAGGCUAUGUCUGAGAGCUAUAGCAGUCCAGAGCAGUCUUCACCUAUGUCACUGGAGUCUGUGAGGAUCAGUUCACCUCUGGUGCGCCACACCAAGCCACACCUGCAGCUGCUGUACGAUAUGGAGGAGUACCGGAGUGAUAUAUUCCAAUACCUGCGUCAAGCUGAGAAUCGUCAGAGACCCAAGGCCCUGUACAUGCGGCGGCAGCCUGACGUGACCUACUCCAUGCGCUCUAUCCUAGUAGACUGGCUGGUGGAAGUAGCAGAGGAGUACAAGUUGCAGACGGAGACACUGUACCUGGCUGUGUCCUUCAUAGAUAGAUUCCUUAGCGUCAUGUCUGUAGUGAAAGGAAAGCUGCAACUUCUCGGGACUGCUGCCAUGUUUGUUGCUGCUAAAUAUGAAGAGAUCUACCCUCCGGAUGUGGGCGAGUUUGUUUACAUCACAGACGACACCUACAACAAGAGACAAGUGCUGAGGAUGGAGCAGCUCAUCCUCAAGGUUCUUGGGUUCGAUAUCUCUGUACCUACCAUCUACUCAUUCCUGGUACACAUUGCUGUUGACUGCAACCUUUCUGUACGACUCACCAAUCUUGCCCAGUACCUGUGUGAGCUGACACUGUUGGAGGGAGACCCCUACCUGAUGUUCAGUCCCUCAGUGGUGGCCAGUAGUGCACUGGCUGUGGCUCGUCACUGUCUAGAGUACGACCAGGUGUGGACCAAGGAGUUACAAGAGACCACUGGCUACAGUCUGGCUGAGCUGGGACCUUGUAUUGCUCAUCUCAACACAACUCACAGCAAGGCGGCUGGUCUACCGCAGCAGGCUAUCUGCGAAAAGUACAAGACUCAGAAAUGGCAGAAAGUAAGUGAAGUUGAGCCCAAAGCUUUACGAAUCGUAUGAGAAUACUAACUGAUUCUAUCUUAUUGUUGAUGCCCUGCUUUAAUAGGGAUCCACUAUAACCCCCCACUUCACAUCCACAACUAUACAAUUGCAUUUAGCACAUAUUGUGCCUUUUAUGGUAAUUUAUUCUUAACUAUUGUUGAUGUAUUUUAACUUAUUAACACGAUUUUACCUAUCUUGUUCUAUUGGCUCCUAUAUAUCCAAAUUUGUAUUGUAAACUUGUUCCAAACCAUAUUAUUUGUAUCCAUAUUAUUAAAUAUACUCUGAGGGUUUGUUUAUUGAUUGCUGUGUAUUUUUGUACAGUAUUGGUGAUGUAUAUAUAAGUUAUUUGUACAAAUUGUCUUAAGCUCGCUAACUUUGCGGUACUAUGUCCUGCAGUGAUUAUUUGUUAGUACAAACCUUUUGGGUCUGUUUUAAGAUUAAUCUCUUAGUCCUAUAAAUUUUAGUAGAUAUGAUUUGUUUUAUACUUUUAGAAUAAAACGUUUGUUGUGAUAUCAAUUUCA